CAGAUAUUUUUUGUGAUAUUGCUCUUUUGUCAGGAUGGGAUGUUCAAAUUGAAGGAUUCUUACCAGUGCAGUGUGUUGGUGGCAAAGGUUCUGGACUUUGAGUCAAAAUCCUCAUACUUGCUGAACAUCACAGCAUCAAAUGUAAGUUUUGCAUCAGUUUUGCAAUAUCUGCAGUCUAUGGUAUGCACGCUACUGUUUUACAGUGACCUAGUCAAAGUAAACGAAUGACAGAUACCGUAAAAUUCCGAAAAUAAGCCCCUCCAUGUAUAAGCCCCUCCAAAUAUAAGCCCCCCAAACCGGUAACUCAAAAAACCCUCCGUUAAAUCGCCCGUCUAAAUAUAAGCCCCCAGGGGCUUGUACUUGGAAAAUUGCCCUCAAAUACAAAGUAAAACAAAGCAAAAAGAGUAAAUCUACUUCCAACUAUAAGGCUAGUCCAAUCGAUUUUGAAACGCAAAUUUCCGUCCGUAGAUAAGCCCCUCCGAAUAUAAGCCCCUCCAAAAAUAAGCCCCUCAAAAAGGGCCUUUGAAAAAUAUAAGCCCCGGGGCUUAUUUUCGGAAUUUUACGGUAUGUGCUACUUUUUAGAGGUGUGGAGCAGCUAGGAGUAUUACUCCUCUUUCUGGAUGGAGCCGUUGAUAUUACCCCUAACAGUAUGUCACUGAUAUCCAUUUAUGCAACUGGGUUAAGAGAGACACCAUGCCUCCACAUGAGUACACUGUACGUGUGUACUGUUUGACAUUCCAGCCAGUGACAUUGCAACAAGAAAUCUUUUUCUUCUGCAGUAUCAAAGUGGCUUCUCUAACUGGACAACUCUUACAAUAUCAGUCAGGGAUGAAGACGACCUUCCUGCGCGGUUUUCCAGUUUAGAUUACACUGGAUUUGUUACAGAAGAUGCAGCUGUGGUAAGAAAUAAAUGGAUAAAUAUCUGCCAACAGGACUCAAGAAAGAGAUUUGGCGACAUGGAAACAUUGUUAAAAAUUAAUGUCAAGUGUUUUUCAUAUCUGCCUAUUGACAAUGCUAAAAUAAUACAGAGGAUACAGGGGGUAAAAAGGGUUAGGUGAGGUUACAAGGGUUACCGUGGGUUGCAAUGGGGAAACAAGUGGUUACGGAAAGUUACAAAGGGUUAGAGGAGGUUACAAGGGGUUAAAAGGGUUACAGGAGAAUACAGAGGGUUACAUGGUUUUACAAGGGGCUGCCGUAGACUACAAAGGAUUACAAAGAGUUACAGGGGGUUAGAAGAGGUUAUAGGGGGUUACAAGAGUUUGAAGGGCGUUACAGGGGGUUGCAAGGGGUUGCAAGGGGUUACAGCUGGUUAUAAGGGAUUUCAUGGGGUUACAAGAGGGUACAAGGGGUUUCAAGAGGUUGUAAGAGGUUACAAGAGGUUACCAGUGGUAAUACAAGAGGUUGAGAAGGGGUAACAGGGGUUACAAGUGGUUAUAGUGGGUUACAAGAGUGAACGGGGGGUUUCGCGGGGUUGCAAGGGGUUAUAAGGGGUUACAAGAUGUUACAUGGGCUUACAGUGGGUUACAAAGGGGUUACUGUGAGUUACAAUGGAGCUACAUUAUUGUUGCAGGGGAUUGUUAGUGGUUUGUCGGGCGUGGUGUGAUCGUUCAUAUGACGUGGCCGCCUAUUAAUUUUAUUUUGGAACCAUCCGGGUCGCUUGUCUCGCAUUUCACGGUAACCUUGCACUUCCCGUUUGCCCACCUUGAAAUCGGAAAAGAUGACGCCUGUUUUGCAGUCAAAUUUAAACGCUUCAAAUUAAAAGGUUUUUAGGUUAUGUAACCUUUGAACUUCCAGAAGUGAUUUUUAUGUAACGUCUCUUUGUAAUGUCAGCACAUCGCGUUCAACAGACAAAUGGAUCAACUAGAGAGUGAUCGGUUGAUAUAACCCAGGAUUUUCUUACGUAGUGUACAAGGACAUGUAUAACAACCAGGAAGGAGAAUUACUAAAAUAAGAUCUUGUGAGUUUUAGAAAGGCUUUAAACUGGGAAUAUCAUGACCCUACUGCUUGAUGUGCAGUCCUUGUUCCUAAUAUUGCGUUGUGCUGUCUUAGGGCUGUACCAUUCAGUAAUAAGUUCUUAUAAGAUACUUUAUUUCAACAGGGGACCUCUGUUCUUCGAGUGACUGCAAGUGACCAAGACAAACUGAAUGCUUCAGUCACAUACGAAAUAGUUAAAUGUAAGUACCAGUUGAACGUACAUGUACAGGGCAAAACAAACAGACUUCGUUACAAAACGUAGGUAAAAUAAUGAACACAUAAAAACCAUAUGUUUUUAACUGCGAAAUGUAAACCCUGAAAAAAGUGAGACUUUAAGGAUUCGAAUUUGACCUCUGCGACACAAGGGUUCGAGUCCCGUAAAUUCAGUCCCGAUCAGGCUUUCGUUUCGUAACUGGAAAGUUGCGAUGGUUUUCUUUUUUUUUUAAAUUUCGUAGAACAGUUGGAAACUUACAUAUCCGUAUAGAUAGCAGGGUACUUUUAACAGCGAAAGAUUUUUGUCACGUCCCUGGUCAGCAGCGAUCAUCACCAUCACUGUCUUUAAUCCUAGCUUCUUUCUCCUUUGGUUUCUCUUGCAUUGCUCAAUUACAGGCACAAACACAGCUUACCUGUACUUACCCCCUUAUCACGUCUUGCCACUGAUCGUCCUUAUUUCUCUCUACUCGUAUGAUGUCCAUAAUUGUCUUUGUGUGAGAGGUUCUGUACAGUUAUGCCAUUAGUUUCCCGAAAAUACGAUUUAAAUUUAACUUCUCUCAAAUUGUCUCUUUUUAGCGACCAAUGAGCAAGGGCUUUUCAUCAUCAAUGCGUCAAGUGGAGUUGUCUCCCUGAAUGGAACAUUAGACAGGGAAAGUAAACAGGAAUACAGGCUGAAAGUUCUGGUAUGUGACAGCAGUUUUACACACAUUUACUCUAUCGCAAGAAGAGCGGAAAUAUAACGAUUGCGAUGAAGCGAUUUCGAUAGGGUAAUCAUGAAGCAGCAACCUUCAUCGUGGUAGGGCAAUCGGAAUCUGAAAAGUCGGAGUAAUCGCGAUAAAACAGUCGUGAUCACGAUAGAGUAGUCACGAGCGGGAUAGAUUAAUCCCGAUAAAGUGAUAUUACGAUCGUGUGAUAGCGUUAGAGUAAUCGCCAUACAUUGUACAUGUCGCAAUACAACCAUAGCAAUACAUUAAACCCUAUCAGGAUAGGUAUAGUCUAGCUAGUGUUUACCAAUAAAACUGUCCUAGAAGUUGAUUGUAGAGAGACGUCAAGAGUUGGCAAUUCUAGCUUUAGAGGUGAAAUUAAGGGCUGGGUCAUGGUAGACGAACUAGUCUAUUUCCGAAGAAUAAGUGCAAUCUGCGCUAUGAAAUGACUAAAACUUCACAACAUGGUCCAUUUCAAUCGUGUUCUCCUCUCCAGGCUCGCUCCACUUUUCACCUUCCUGAUCAUGCCACAGCUGUAAUCCACGUCAAUGAUACCAAUGACAAUCGGCCAGUGUUUAUGGACUAUUCAUACUCAUUUUUGAUCGGAGAGAAUGCUGGGGUUGGAGCCAUUGUUGGUCUAGUGAAAGCUGCUGAUACUGACAAGGUAGAGUAGUGAUACAACUUAAGUCAUAACUCUUUGAAUGCCUCCUUCCCAGGCGCUUCGUUUUCCGCUCUUUGGUCGCGUUAAAAAAGGCGAGCACGAAACACAAGUGACUGGUAACGAAGCGCAAGAUACCAUGGAUGGGAAGAAAAGAAAAAUAGAGAGGCGAGGACGUGUCGCCCGUUUUCUCCUGGCCGUCUACCUUUGCGCUCAGAUCUACAUCGAGAAAGAGAGAGAGACGUCUAAGAAAGAAGCAGCUCCUGGAACCUAUAACGCAAUGUUAGACGAGACGAUUUGCAACGACUACUUUAAGGGCUACAAACUUGAAGAAAUGUUGUAACAAUUCCGAAUAAUGCCGCAACAAUGUUGCAAAGCUAUGUUUCGCUGAAAACAAAUCGACGUUGCGAAGCGUUCCGUGUAACAUCACCUAUAGCCUGAACAGUGCAAGAAUGAGCACAAGAUGAUGCAGGUCUAAAUACAUAGCGUUGUGCACACUUGCGAAGAUCAUAAACAAGUGUGGAGAAAUACAAUUUAAGAAGACGCUAACUUCACAGGGCAGGUAAAAAUGGUUGUGUGACUAGUGUGACUUAUUUUUCUUGUGUGGACCGGGAAUAAGUGCGAGUAUCAACUCAGAGGAAGAUAAAUAAGAGACUGAAAGAAAUAAAUGAAAGUAAGAAAACAAACUGCGAGGCUAGUUUGGCUGAACAGUCAUUAGAACAAUUGUCUGUUACCCUCAAACAACUCAAAUACAAGUUUGACUCUUACAAGCAGUAAAUUACUUUUGGGCUUUUUGUUAUAUUCUAUGUUCUGUUUAUGAAUGUUGAUCUUGAUGUACCUAUAUAUUGCCCUCCGUUAUUUUCUGCAGGGAGACAACGCAGCAUUUUCGUAUUCUCUAAGAGGUGGUAAAGAUCGCUUUAUUGUUGAUCGCCAUACUGGUGUGAUCGCUGUGAAUGGAACACUGGAUCGAGAGAAGCAAGAAAACUUUUCCUUUUUGGUAAGAACAAUUUGUUACAAUGAUAAUAUACAUUUUCCAGUGUUUUGAAUCGGCUGUUCUGAUAGGCAUCUUGAUGGCAUUUUAACCCUAACCCUGAGCGUGAGUCAUUGUUGUGUCCAACUGCAAUAUGUGACUACAGUCUACAUGCAAGAGGAGGUCGGAUACCUAAUGAGCCCUACAGACCCAGAAAACCUUACCUUGAAUUUUAAGUACUGUUUAAAAAAGUAGCAGGAGUCUAUUAUCAGGUUUAAAACUUCGAGGCAAACGAAGAGUUUUCAAACCUGAUAAUACACGACUGCGAGUUUUUUGAAGGGCUUCAAAAUCUCUGUUAUAGAUCAACUCAUUCUUGCACUAAUAUUUAGAUUUGGGGUUAUUUUAGUCUAAGAAGUUGGACGUAAAGUUUAGCCGCCUGUAAUUUUAUCAAAAACAAAGACACUCAUUAAACGUUAAAAUAUCUUUUGUUUUUUCUUUAUAAAUUAGUAAUGAGUUUUUGAAAUUAAAAAAGAAGAAAGACCAAAGUAAAUACAGUCAGAGAGCGAGGACGAGAUGUAUUAUUCAUCCCGGAAUCUCUAGGCCAUUUCUUUUGCUUCUCCCAGGCCUCGGAGCCAAGUAUGAAUUUUUUGAAAUUCAUUAUUCAUAAUUCGAAACGGACUUAUUAGGCUUCCAUUCGAUCUGAUUAAUUGUUAUCCGAAUUUCGUGUUGUCCAAUUCUGACCAUUAUAUACUCGUGAUUAUCAAAUCAUACUUUUGCUAGGCGUUCGUUCAAUUUUGGUUCACUAGUCGUAUGACUGCAGACUGAUUUUUACUCUGCCAUUUUCAAUGUCUUUUCAGGUUAUUGCCAAAGAAACGCUAUCGUCUGAAAAGUACAGUAGCAAUGUAACUGUGGUCGUCAAUGUGAAAGACAGAAAUGAUAACUCACCUCUCUUCGUUAAGCCGUUCUACAAUGUUACACUAAAAGAAGAGCUACCCCCUGGAACACCAGUUGUACAGGUAUAAUGUGCAUAUUUUAUCUUAUGUUUUACUUCUGCCACUGUUAUUAAUAUUAUAAAGGAAAUAAAGGGAGAUGUAAAGAAUCAACCAUAAGAGGACACAGAAAAAAUCUGAGCCCCAGAUGGGAUUCGAACCCACAACCCUCCGUGUUCUAGAUCGGAUGCUCUAACCUCUGAGCUACUGAGGACUCGUUGGCGAGCAAGGGCCAUUUUUGUGGGUUGGACUUGCGAACCGCAUCUCGCAGUCACACAGUCCAUCACACGCAACACAUUAAGGCUUAACUGUAUCACACAGUCACAUUAAUAGUAAGAAAUGUCUCACUCAUGAAGGAGCCUCCAACCAACCAACCUAUGCCACUGAUAUUAAUAUUAUGAAGGAAAUAAAGGAAGAUGUCAAGAAUCAACCAUAAGAGGACAUAGAAAAAUCUGAGCCACAGAUGGGAUUCGAACCCACGACCCUCCGUGUUCUAGAUCGGAUGCUCUAACCUCUGAGCUACUGAUAUGACGACUGGUUGGCGAGCAACGGUUAUUUUUGUGGGUUGGACUUGCGAACCGCAUCUCGCAGUCACACAGUCCAUCACAAACAACACAUUAAGGCUUAACGGUAUCACACAGUCACAUUAAUAGUAAAAAAUGGUGUAGGUUAUUGUUUUGUUUAACUUUUUGCCAAAAACGUCUCUCUGCUUCAAAAAGGAGCAGGUAAGCGUGUUUCUUUUCUCAUUUGACGACAAUGGCUCGAUUAGUUUGUUGCUGAUUGAAGCGCGAAGGUUUGCGGGGCAAAGACAACAACUUCCUUAGUUUUUUGAGUCCUUUUCUAGUCCCCGGAAUGGAACCUGCGACCAUCCCGUUUGCAGACGCGCGAAAAUAGCCGUGUUGAUGUUCGGUAGCGUAACCCGGGUAAAUACAAGGUUUACCCAGGAUAACGAAAUUUCCCCUUUUCUUGGUCCUUAGAACAAGAGCUGGUGCCGCAAAGUUUGUUUACAGACGAGAGUGAAUUUUGGUUACUUUAUAGUGUCUACUUUGAUGUCGUUAAGUUUUUUAAUUAUUGAUGUUUGAUCUACUUGUAUUUGAAUUUCAGGUUUUGGCUAAUGAUAGUGACAUUUUGGGAAACGCUGUCAUUGUUUACACUUUGGUACCAGAUGUCAAUAACCAUUACCUCGCUUUUGAUAUUAAUAAGGACAACGGAUCAAUAACAACCGCAAAACAGCUCGAUCGAGAGGAUAUCAGUGAAUAUUUAUUGAUGGUAAAAGCCGAGGACAGUGCAUCUCAGGAUCAAACGAGGUACGUUUAUUGUAAAGGCGUUUGUCGUACGAAAUCAAUUUAAAAGAGUCCAGUAUGCAGCUUUGAGUGUCAUCCGUGCUCUAUAGAUUAAAUACGACAAAACUGACAAAACCGAAAGCCAGUGGAAAACAAAAAAAGUAGGGCGAAACGGGAAGUUCACUAUCUAAGCGCACACAUGCCAAUGGAUGGGAGGAAGAUUAAGUCUCUUUCAGCGAAUUGUGUUGACGCCAACUGCGCCCCGCACUACACUGACUAGACCAACUGAACUGAUCAGACCGGCUACAACAACUCCAACUACACCGAUUGUAAUGGCUACUCUAACUUAAACGAUUACUCUGACUAAGUUGACCGGCUUCACAAACGAUCCUGGCUUCAUAAAACUACACAGACUACUUGGACUCUAUGGAAUAUUGGAUACAUCAACUCACUGAACACACCAACUAGACCAACGUGACUGUAAACAAACCACACUGAUUACAGUGUACACCAACUACAUUUCUUCACUGACUACACUACACACCAAAUACACGUUCAGCUUUACUGACUAGCAGUGGCUACACUACUUGCAACAACUUAAAUCGCUGAGUGAGAAGUGUUUUAUAUUGGUGAAGGUAGCGUGUAUUUGUUAGCCGUUCUGUUGACGCUUUCCCUGGCGUUUAAUUGGUGACCAUGACUCUUAACAACGGCAAGAGGAACUUCGAAGCUAACACGAACAUCUCCGACUAUCUAGGAAGAGACACACUCGAGGAGAUCUCUAUGGCGUUCAUUACUGCGCAAAAUACUUUGAGCACAUUUUGAGGAAAGAAAUGGAUAGGAAUGUUAAUUCAGUUAAAUCGGUGUGCCCACAAAUCAAUAUAUUUUAUUAAAUAUUUGAUUUUCGUUGUUGGACUUAUUUUGUUUCAAAGUUGAAGUCACAUAGAGAGUUAUUUUGUAUACUACAGGCGUUUUGGUGCAAUAUAGCACAAGCAACACGUGUUUGGUAACAAUUCUGUUUUGUGUUGCUUAGGUCGAGUACCGUUUCAGUGGAAGUUUCCUUAAAAGACAUUAACGACAAUGAUCCGACAUUUGAUAGACCGUCUUAUACGGUCACUAUUUCAGAAGCUACUGAUAUGAAUACAACAAUUUUAACAGUGAAGGUAAGCGCACACAGUGUUUCAAAACAUCAAUCAUUAGGGGCACCCAACGUCAAUUUUGGGAAAAUAUCUGUUCGGAAGACGAUUUGAAAUCUAGAAUUUUCGAAACAUUUGUUGUAAAAUUCCUUGCUUGCCUCGGCCUCUCCUAGGAUUUUCGAACGUCUAAAAAAUGGUAUAAUUGUCCAGCUUUGACGGAUUUUUACCCUAAAAAGCUCACCUAGACUUUUCGGGAGCCUUUUUUCUGGCUGAAAUUUUCGAAAAUGUAAGGUUUGAUCCCUAUAAUUUUCGGAUCACUAGACUUUCAGCAAGAAAAUCCGAACAGAUGAAAAUUUUUUAGGGGAUAGAAAUAUGCCUAUAUCUACCGUUUAAAUACUAAAAUACGUUCAACAAUGCUAUGUUUAAGUGGUUUUGAACUAUAUUCUCGUUGGGUGCCCCUGAAUCAUCUUUGGACCUUAGAACAAAGCAUUGGUUUAGGCAGUAAGAAUCGCACUGCGUGCGAGUCCAGUCAUUUCUGAAUGCCUGCGGGAGAAUGCUAAGCACGAAAGAAGUCUAAGGCUGCGUGCAAACGGACGCAACAACUCCCAACAUUGUUGCGCCAACAAUGUUGGGAGUUGUUGCGUACGUGUUGGCAGUGGUGUGCAAACGGAUGCAACAACUCCCAUCAACGUUGGGACCUGCAGUGCAUCGUGGAAAGGAUACAACCCAUGAGUCUUUGUAAACCAUGCGUAAUGAGCGUGCUUGGCCCCAAAUAUGUUGAAAGAGCUUUGCAAACGGAUCCAACAUUGUUGCGCUAAGCUUCGGCGAUCACGGAACAAAAGAAAUGUUGGGAGUUGUUGGGCUUUAGAGUAAGCUUCUUGGAUGCGUAGCAAACCUUCUAAGAGCAUAGGCUGAUUUUACUUGAACAGUGAAACAGAUACUUACAAAUAGUGCAAAAUAGCGAGAGGUAAACAAAAGAAGACAAUAGAAUUAGUGCAUAAUAGUGCGUAGUAUUCCACUACCUAUUUCAUGUUUCAAAUAAAAUCAUUCUAAUUCCAUGACUACACAGCUGCGGCCUUUGCCAAUUCUCUGAUGAAAUAAUCAAAAGAGAAAAAAAAAUUCAAUUUGAUGAUUACGGAUAGUAGGGGACUUUCGAAUGUGUUCGAGUGGCGUUGUGGCAUGUCUGUGGGAAAUUUUUAGAGAGAUUACUGCAAACGUGAAAUUGUACCUCGAAAUCCAGUUUUCCCUUUACUUUCGUUCCCCCUUUUUUUUAUGUACACAGAAAUUACUAGUUUUAAGUCAAUUACAUCCAUAACAAUUAUUUUCGACAGUUUUUAUCAGUUCAUCCCUUAAUUGGGAAAUUAUUAACUUCAAUCUGCGGUUUGCCGUUUGCCGUAUACUCUAAAUUUCUCUAUUUAUGACGAUGAGCGUUUUUUUUAGCUCAGGCAGGGCCUUAUCUUACCUUACAAUACGAACUUCAGAGGUUGAUACUCAAGAUAACGUUCUCGUGCUACCCCACACAGUAAUAAACGUCAGUUUAGCGGCCAAAUUAAUUACAUAUGUGACUCCGUGAUUUAGUGAAUCCUGGCUGCGUGCAGUUUACUUUUAUUUUUUUGUAAAAUGUAUUCUACAAAUAAAUUUCAUUUUCCAGGCUACUGAUAGAGAUGUUGGAAAAAAUAGCAAGAUAUGUUUUACAUUGACUGACGGAAACGUCGGAAAUGUCUUCAGCAUUAACCAUUCAAGGUAUUUAUCUUUCAAAAUACAUUCACAUGAUAACCUGAAAGACUUAAUCGGUUUUUACCUUAUUCUAUCAAUAAGCAGACAAUUACCCUUAAAUCCUCCAUUAAGCCCCCCCUCUGAAAUAAACCUUCUCCCUGCAAUAAACCCCCCUGUUCAGGGGAAGAAAGUUAAUAAGCUCUCCCUCUCUAUUAAGCCCCCCUCCCCUAAUUAUUGUUCACUAAUAAAUGAGAGACUGAAUUAAUCAAUCACGACUCUAAAACUUCGUGUGGACUGAUCCAGGAUGGUUUAUUUACCAACUUGAAGUUCGGAUUUGAUUCAGAUCUUCGGCUGCGUGACCUAAAACUUCUUGACUUGAGCUUUUCCACUUUGUAUUCUUUAUGGAGAACUGAUACCAUCGUCGUUUCUAAAUUUAAGGAGCCCCCCUUUCUCAAAUAAGCCCCCCCCCCUCAAAUGGGCUUGAAAUAAAGAACCCAGUGGGGGGCUUAAUAGAGAAUUUAUGGUACUCAUUUCAUCACACACUAUCAAUUUCUUUUCUGACUUGAAUUGUAUUGUAAUUUGUUGAGUAUUAGUAAUGAUUUUAAACUUGAAUAUAAGAAUAGCACCGGAGACAUUAAAGUAACAAAAUGAAAUGAAACCGCCAGUAAGCCGGAUUUUUUUGAGCUAUUUUGAAAAAAUAGCUCAUGUGUCAUUGUUGUGAGCGUAUGUAUCUUUGUGGCUUUGUGGAUUUGUGGCCUUGUGUGUUUGGAUGUGUGUUGCAGGGGCCAAUAAGAGGUACUAUGAGUUGAUGCUCAGGAACCAAUGAGAUUCUGGCAUCUAAACAUGACAUUGCUGCGAUAAAGGUCAAACAAGGGCACUUUGAGACCGCCAUUUUGGUUUUUCACAAUUUGCCGUCUUCUAUUACAGCUAAAAGUGAAUAGUGAAUUAUGUUUCACCUGCUUCAAAGUGAAGCGUAAUAUUUUAGAAAUUGGUAUUUAGAUAUUGACUUUAACUUGGAAAUAUGCGCCGUAAUUGUGUUUUUAGAAGAUUGAACAAGAGCUGAUUUUUUUAAAGCUGUACAGAGUAAAUUAAUUCCGUAAACAUACCUUAAUAUUCUCUCUCGUACAAAGUUCAACAGACCUUUAAAUUCACGUUGCGGCAACCUAAGUGCAACCGUAUCUGAUACAUGUUUGCUGUCAUAAAAGUAAUUAAAACGUAUUUAAUUUACCCAGUGACUAAGUUUUGCGUUAUCGAAUAAACUUCUAAGUAGCCAGUUGGCGAAAUAAUUAGAGAUUGUUUGAUUGAGUGGAAUAACAUGGAAUGAGUAGAAAUCAGUAUUUCGGCAAUAUGACUGUUCCGAUAGAAGUAAAGUAUGAUGUUAAGGUAUCAGUCUUCGCUAUUCGGUAUUCGACGACCUUCAUUACUUUAAGAAACCAUGAAGAAACCUUGAAGCCUUCGAGUCUUCCGUUUAAGCAACUUUUGGUGAGUUGAUAUUCAUAGUACUUUAACAAUUUGUUUAUUUUGCACCAGACUUCUGAAGGAAAGACAAAGAAAAGUGAAUUUAUUAGAUCGAAUCAGCUAUGCGCUGCGGUUCUCGUUUUUAUUAAUGUACAGCAAUACCCAAUUUUGCACAAAACAUAGCCUUAAUUUAGCAUUAAGACAGUAGAUAGCCGAUACCGUUACACUGAAGCAUUCCAAAUAGCUCAUGCAUGUAAAACGUGCCUAUGUUGUGAAUGGCUUUGGAAAUUUGAGCAGUGUAUCAACAACAAAUAUGUGCAGUAGAGACGGAGAUGUUCUGUUAAAUACACUAGAAGAUGAGUUACACACAAGGGUUCCUUUGCUCCGCAAAGAAAAACUUACAUCAAUAUUACUACCAUAUAUGUUAAGAGUAUGGGGUAGUUCACUAACAAUUACAUUCCGGCUUUACUAAUAUCCUCAAUAAAUGCACUUCCACUUUCAACAAUAGCAUGUAAUGUAUCAGACUUCUAAUAACUACAGGGCGCAAGGCUGUGCUCUAAAGGAAAUUUCCAGGGAGCCCUUUUUUGCUCCCAAGCAUUUCAGAUGGGGUGCCCAGGCCUAAAAGAUGGUCGCCCACAUAAACGUUUCGAGGACUCACUGCCCUUCGGAGUAACACAGGUUAACACGGGCUAACACAGGGUAACACAGGUUAACACAGGGUAACACAUGGUAAAACCGGGUAACACGCUGUAACACAGGGUAAUACGGGGUAACAUAAGGUAACAGGGGGUAACACAGGUUAACACGGGAUAAGACAGGGUAACACGGGAUAAGACAGGGUAACACAGGAUUACACAGAGUAACACAGAGUAACACAGGGUAACACAGAGUAAGACAUUGUAACACAGGGUAACAUAAGGUAACACGGGGUAACACAGGGUAACACAGAGUAACACAACGUAACACAGAGCAUCACAGGGUAACACAAUGUAACACAGUGAGGGUAACACAAGGGAACAGUGUAACACAGAGGAAGACAGGGUAACAGAGUGUAACACAGGGUAACACAGAGCAACACAGGGUAACACAGGUUAACUAACACAGGGUAUGCCAAGGUAACAUUGGGUAACACACUGUGACACAGGGUUAUACGGGGUAACACAGGGUAACAAAGUGUAAGACAGAUAACACAGGGUAACACAUGGUAAGACAGAGUAACACGGGGUAACACAGAGUAUCACAGGGUAAGACAAGGUAACUCAGGUUACAGUGAGGUUAACACAGAGUAACAGAGGGUAACACAGGGUAACACAGAGUAACAGGGUAAUACAGCUGGGGGAACACAGGGUAACACAAGGUAACUCAGAGUACCUCAGGGUAACAUAGGGCAACACAGGGGAAC